UCUGAAACGGAAGUCAGUUUCUUUGUUUCCCAUUAAACGCAAAACUAAAUGAAAAGCACAUGACUUUGCUUAAGCCUUUAUUGCAAGAAACUGCAGUUGGUUCACUAUAUUUUUAAAACGAUAAUAGCAACUAGAUGAACAUAUUAAGCUGGAUCUCUUUCAAAUAUAUUAGUUGAGCAAGACUGAAUUAUCAUUUUGGAUGAUUUUUCACACUAGGCUGCAGGCUGACAAAGCCUCCUUUACAUCACAGAAAGUUUUUUAAAGAUAGAUCAUUUUUGUAGCACUAUCAUUUCAUUCUGUUGAAAAUAUUCCAUAACUUUUCCCUGACCAUUUGGAAUUAAUGCACAGAAAGGAAAACUGAAGACAGCCAAAAAAGAAAGCUCAGUCAGCAAAAAGUCACAAAGAAAUCAUUUUCCUUAGUAUUUUCAGCUCAAUACAACUCUGAUCUGGUGAAAUGAAGACUUUGCAGAAGUUUUGUCUCCUCUUCUUUUUUUUUAUGCCUUUGGUGAAGUUAGCACCACCACCACCACAACAAAACAUAGCUCCAUUUUAUGAAGAUACAAUAUUCAAGCAAGGGUAUGAAGACAUAUUAUUUAAGGAAGAUUAUGAAGAAAAGCCACAGGAUGCAGUAAAAUAUAAGGAAAACAAUGAUAUCCUUGUUUUCAAUGAAGAUGUACUACAAAUGCAGGGAGAUGAAGAUGGACCAGGAGAGAGCUCAACAAAUUUUACAGAUUUGGCUACUUGUCUGCUGUGUGUUUGCUUAAGUGGUUCAGUAUACUGUGAAGAAACAGAAAUUGAAAACGUCCCACCUCUACCAAAGGAAACAGGUUACCUUUACGCAAGAUUCAACAAAAUCAAGAAAGUGAAAGUCUCUGACUUCGCUGAUAUUCCCAGCCUGAGAAGAAUUGAUUUGACUGGAAACAGGAUUCAAGAAAUCGAAGAUGGGGCCUUUGCAAAGCUCCUAUUAUUAGAAGAACUUUCACUUGCAGACAAUAUGAUUGCCAAGCUUCCAGUUUUACCUCCCAAACUAACUUCACUGAAUGCAAACAACAACAAAAUUAAGAGCAGAGGAAUUAAAGCAAAUGCCUUCAAGAAGCUGAACAAUCUGUCAUAUCUUUACUUAGGACAUAAUGCAUUGGAGGCUGUUCCUGCUAACUUGCCAGAGAGCCUACGUAUUCUGCAUCUUCAGUACAACAACAUAACUACUAUCACAGCUGAAACCUUCUGCAAAGGGAAUAAUCAGACCCGCUAUGUUCGUCAGCGCAUGGAUGAAAUAAGAAUGGAAGGCAACCCAGUCAUCUUGGGAAAGUACCCCAAUGCUUUUAUGUGCUUGAGAAUGUUGCCUAUAGGUACAUACUUUUAAUUGCUAACAAAACGGGAAAAAUGCGAAAGCAAGGAGGUAAAUAUUACCAUUGUAUCACUGUUUAAAUAUGUCUUUCCAUGUUAAAAUCUUUCCACAUAUAUCCAAAACUUUUAGCAGUUUAAUGUAUUUAGUUCUACUUUCACUUUGUGAAAGUGCAUUAAUAAGACAUUAUGAUUUACUAAGUCUGGGCUUUUUUACUUCAAGACUCAAACAUGAAACCAGUAAGGUAUCGUUAUUCAAAAGGAGGUGUUCAAUUUUUCAGUGAAUAAAGAUAACUUUUGUUUUUUUCAAGAAUGAAAGGGAAUCAAUGUAAUUUGUCAAGCAUUUCACACUGUAAAUCUACAAUGUAACACUUCUGUGAUUGUUGAAAAGAUGGAAAAAACUGUGGUCCUAUAGCCUGGAAAGCACAGUUAUAUUGGGCAUGAGAUGGUAUACUGUGAAAGGGGCUAUGACAGUGGAGUUCAUGGAACAUCUGAAUGCAGAAAUGCAAUAAAAUAAUACUACAUUGUAUAGGGAUCAGGGAGGCCGACACAAAUUAUCUUAUGUGGAGACAGAUUAUCCUCUCAGUUUUAAGGGGUUUAAUGGUUAUCCAUCCUGCUUCAUUAUCCUUGCAAACAAAUAUAAAGCUGGACAGUAUAGGCAACCAGAGUGUGUUGGUUUAAUUUUGAUUUGGUACUUUAACUACUGAUAUAAAGCUAUCCAAUAGAGGCAAAGAAACACAAAAUAUUAUAUUUCAACCUGAUAAUUUUCUAAUACAUUGAAGUGAAUUAAAGUGAUUAGAAGGGUUUAGAAAUAAUCAGCUUGUCUUACUGUGAGGAAGUCUUAGCUUAAACUAAGCUACAGGAUACUAUAACAAUAUUAAACAAUGUAAGAAAGUCCAGAAUCUUUCUCAGUUUUUCUUAACAGAUCGGACAUAUUACUCCACUGGUUCUUUUGCAAACUCUAUCAUGCUAAAAUAAUAGCAAACCGCUAGAAACAAAUUUAUAAUUUUAAUUAGGCAUUUUAUAUACAAAUGUGUAGGAAAUGUCUGCAAACUGUUAGAUAUCAAAAUGCAGAAUCAGUAAAUAACAAUAGCCAAAUUGUGAAUUUAGAAGAUGAGGGCUUUCAGCUGGAGAUUUCCUCAGAAGAAUAUGUAUAAUUAAACUCUGAUUUUCAGUUGCUCUCAUUCUUUGCGCAUUUUUGUUUAUGACAGAUAUAUUAUUUUCUGAUUUAAUUAUCCACUGGCAUUAAGCAAUAUUUUACAGUUAUCACUCUGCUGUACCUAUGUUAUUUUAACAAUAUUGUGUAUCAGACCUCAGUUACAUAGUGAAUUUAUAUGAUGUGAAACAUUUAGAGAUUUCUGUUUGAUUUUAGUUUGCACGUGUUUUCUAUGUCUAGAACUCUUAUGUGAUUAAUAAAACAAAUCACCAGAAAGAAAAAGA